AUGUUAUACUUUUGGAAUUUUCGAUGGUUAAUAUUACAAUUUAUAUUCGGUCUAUUUAAUAUACACUAUGUAAAAACAGCUUGGCCCUUGUCAAAUUUUUCAAGUAUACAAUUCUUAGGUCUUUUUCCAGACGCAUCAAACACAUCCGAACCUACCACAUUAUCUGUUCACUCUCGUGCUAUGUUCAAAGCAGCAAUAAUGCUUUCUCAGCAAUAUAAUAUAACAAUUCAAGGACAAUAUUUUGGAUGGAAUGCAGCACAAACAGAUGGAAAUGUCAUGGAUGCUUUUAGUAGUACUUGUUUGGCAGUAUCGACUUCAGACGUUGUGGGUAUUGUGGGCCCUGCAUUUUCAAGAGAAGCUCAUACUAUUGCUGAUUUUGCUAAUAGAGUUAGUAUACCUGUUAUAUCAUAUUCUGCGACCGAUCCUGAUUUAUCUGAUCGGAAUGCAUAUCCUGCUUUUUAUCGUACAGUUCCUUCAGAUAAUACAGCAGCAUUCGCAAUCGCGAAAUUAUUCAUUCGAUUUAAUUGGACAUCAUGCAUAGUUAUCUAUCAAAAUGAUGCAUUUGGAUCUGGCGGUGCAAAAGUAAUCAGCGAGGUAUUUAAUAAUAAUGGUUUAGAAGUCAGUGGCACGAUAAUAUUUGAUAUUGCAACACUUCGUAUUCGUGGCAACUUGAAAACCUAUUUAGCCAGUAGUUCAACGCGAAUUGUACUGUUAUGGACUGAUCCAAUUUAUACAACUUUAAUUUUACAAAAUGCAUUAGAUUCUGAUGUACUUGGUCCACAAUUCACAUGGAUACUAAGUUCAAGUGUUCCGUUGCAGUCUUUUAAUCAGACAUUCAAUGAUAAGUUAAUUGGAAUGUUUAUUAUUGAACCUGUCAUUGGAAGUGUUGUCAAUGCACCAAUCAAUAUAACAUUGUUAAAUACAGCAUAUAGUAUUUGGCAACAAUAUGAGCCUGAAUCAUUUCCUGGACCGAUGAACGUAAAUUACUAUGCAUAUUUUGCAUUUGAUGCAACUUGGAUGUUAAUUCAAUCAUUACAAGAAUUUUGUUCAACAUCAAUGAAUAGCUCUACUUCAUGUAUAUCAUUUAUCGGUUCUCCAUACUGUUUUGAUCGUCGUCUUAUUAAUUCUAAUUCUCUUUUCGAUAAGAUUACGAAUACAAUAUUUCUUGGUGUUUCUGGUCCUAUACAAUUUAGUGCCAAUACAACAGAUAGAACAAAUGGUACAUACUAUUUGGCACAAAACGUACAGCCUUCCGGCAAUGGUAUAAAUUAUAUGUCGGUUUUAGAAUGGUCUCAAUCUAAUGAAUGGGAAGUAUCUACAGAAAGUGUAAUUAUAUGGCCUGGUAAUACAUUGAUACCUCCUAUUGAUCAUGCUAUACUUUCAGGUGUAACUUUACGAAUUGGUAUUAUUGAAUCAAGUCGAUUUACAAUGGUGCAAAAUGUCAUAGAUACAUAUGGAAAGAAUAAAACAGAAUUAACUGGUUUUGUACCAGAUCUUAUUAAUAUUUUACAAAGUCAAAUGGGAUUUACUCCUCAGAUUAUAUUAACACCAUCAAAUCAGACCUAUUCAGGAUUAAUUCAAGCAGUCGAAAAUAACAUUUAUGAUAUAGUAAUAGCUGAUGUUACGGUUACUUCUGCUCGAAGACAAAUAGUCGAUUUUACUGAUUCUAUAUUUGAUAAUUCUUUACGUAUUGUUAUGCGAAAAACUGAACCAACUUCUGUAGAUUUAUUUUCAUACUUGCAACCAUUCUCACUUAAACUUUGGUUAGUUCUUCUAAUAACUAGUAUCUAUGCUGCUACCUUAAUGUGCCUAUCAGAGCGACAAGCUAAUGAAGCAUUACAAAAGAGAUCAAUCAUUUCUUCUGGUGCAAUGUGUAUGUGGUAUACUACUGGUGCAAUUUUCGGGUAUGGUGCAGAUUUUUAUGCUAAAACAGCUCCCGGUCGCUUUUUAACUGUUGGCUUAUAUAUAUUGAGUUUAGUAUUAGUGGCAACAUACACUGCGAAUUUAACAUCAGAUCUAACAAUAUCAAAAUCUAAGGAUAUUAUUACUGGAAUUGAUGAUAUUAAAAAUGGAAAAUUAUCAUUUAAUCGUAUUGGUAUUAUUGUAGACUCAGCUAUAGAAGAUUUUUAUUUAAGAGAAAUUUCCGGUGGUAGUCGUAAUUUUUAUCCAUUAGAAAAUCAAGCAGACUUAUAUGAAAGUCUACUGAGUGGUUUAAUUGAUGCAGCCCUUUCAGAUAUUGGUGUUGCAGAAUAUGAUACUAACAAUAUAUUUUGUAAUUUAACUUUGGUUGGUGCAGAUUUUGAUAAAAGUUCAUUCGGUAUUGUUAUUCCUAAAGAUUGGUUAUAUACACAAGAUUUAGAUGUAGCUAUAUUAUCAUUAACCGAGUCAGGUGUACUUGAUGAUUUGAAAUUAAAAUGGUUUCAAACAAAGAGUUGUCCCGUUUCAUCUGAUACAUCCACUGCUAUGGAUAUUGAAUCGAUGGCUGGUUUAUUUAUGACCUUUGCAGUCAUAAGUGCUGUAACAUUAUUAUUAGUUAUAUGGAAGAAACGAUUCAUCUUAAAAGACUAUUUAUUUACACUCAUAUUUCGAAAAACAGUAACAAUCCAACACGCUCUUCCUUUGGCAUAA